CGUUUAUGAGUGAAGUUCGUCAAUAUCGCGACUGCCGCCUACGAUCCAGGGGAGACAAUGCACGGAAUUUCGCAUGUGAUUUCGAAAUUUGUCGGCUCUGUUUCUGGCAGUAGACACACGGACUUUCAUGAUGUUCGUUUGAUUUUCUUUAGUGUUAGUCACGACGACUGUAUAAAUUUAUUGGGUGCCUCUAACUAUGUUGUCGACCACUUAAUGCAACCCCUUUUAUGAAAUCCAGCGACAGACGCAGCACGGUUUUCAAAAAGAGUUUCGAAGAAAAAAAACCGCUCGACGAGAAACUUACUACGGUACCAGCGACAAAACCAAUUGAUCACAUUAUAUAUCCAUAAAUAGAAGUACAGAGAUUCGUUAAGACAGACAGAGAUGAAACGCGAAAGCUUGCACACUUGCUCAACAUCUGUAUUAAAGAAUUGAAACGUCGACGCGCCCUGCUCGACUCGCAUUCAAAAUCAUGGCCGGUGGUGCAUCAUCUAGCUCCUCUGCGGCUCCCGCUCCGUUCGCGAUCCCGCUCGGUGGUCCCUCAUUUCCUGAAGCCGCCGACGCGUCGAGCGCUCCUCUACCAAAGCCCACCUUCGUGGAUUUGCUGACGCAGGGAAAAAAGAACGCCAAGGGAGAUGGGUACGAGAAAUGGGUCCUUCGGCUACAGGAGAUGAAUGAGAAGACCUUCGAAAAACGCCUAGUGUGUGCCAUGGUACGAUGUAGAAGAUGAGUUUGUUGUGCUUUUGAAGUGAUAUCAUUCAUCCAUUCAGGAGAGGAGAUGAGUCAUUUUUAUACUUUGUAUGUUCGUUGCGGUGCGGCCCCCGUAGUCAGUCGCUCGCAACGUUUGGUAGGUGUAGGACGCCGGGCUUAAUCAUUUACCAGGUAUCCUCCUUGCACUUCGCUACUUUUCGCGGGAAGGCGGGUCUGGCGCCGGCGUCGUUACCAAAUGAAGUGGUCGGUCUUGUUCUGGAGUUCAUCGGGACUGUCAUGCCGUCGAACGACACCCAGGAAAGAGCUUUCUCCGUCAACCAUUCCACGAAACUCGCUAAGCUGAGCGAUAUGCAGCGCGGGCGUGAUUGGAAAAGGGCUGCGGACUACCUCGUAACCCUUGCCCGCGAAUCCGCUGCUUCAACUGGUGCGGGAAGCUUUGCCAUUACCGCGGAAAUUGCUGCGAGCAUGCCCAAGAUGUCCGACGGCAGCGCCCCACAGCUGAAGCAGAUUUUUGAGAUCUUGUCCAGCUGGGGACACUUUGACAUAACCGACGCCAAUGGCGAGGAGUUCUACACCAUGCGCGACGACAGAGGUCGCAACACCCACGUCGGGCGGAUUGGUGACGACACCGAAUUUGUCGACGGUUUUCCAUACAAGCUAAUUUGGGACAUCCAGGAGCCUCUCGAAGUCGAUGGUGAAGACGCGCGCGACUUGGUGGAACAAUUGGAGGCGGGUAACGGUGUGUACGGUGCAUUACCAGGCAUUCCCGCAGGUAAUUGUAACGCAGCGGCAGGGUCGAGGUUUUUCCAAAAGUUCCGGAACGUCGUUAUCGAGACGCAGAAAAAAGUGCUGAAGUACCUCCUCGACAUCUUCGAGGAAGCCGUGUCCAAGGCAAACACCGAGAUUCAGCUGACAGAAGAGCAGUACAAUGGUGCGCCCAAGCUGCCAAACGGAAAGCGGUACCCUUUUUUCCAAAACGAUGUUGCUGAUCUGCAUGUCCAGCUCGACAGGUCGGAUUUCGCCAUGUCCAAAAUUCUGGCUCAGACGCCCGGCCUGUACGUCCCAUUAGCGCAACGCGAACUUGGCGCAUUUCCCAUAACGAUCCGUCUUAUCUUCGAAUGAGCGCCGACGCACUCGCGUUGCAUAGUACGGGAUCGGAUUCUUUUCCGGUGUGAAGAAGCAUGAUGCUACUGAGAGUUUAAACUGCGACUGCCUGGCGGGGCCGUGAUCGUGGCGAAUGAACCAAAAUGAAUCAGAAUCUCAGCUACUCCACUAAGCAGUAGACGGAACAAGGUUCCAAAUCCAAUGAUUGGCGCCAUGGCGUAGACCAUCUACACCAUGGCGUAGACAAGAACUAGUAUCCUGGUGCGAAUGCGUAAAGACGUAGAGUCGUGAUACCAAGAGCACGCUGAGGCUUACUGGGGUUCCAGCUCUGAUUUGCGCAAGAAAAAACUUGAACUAAAGAACUGAGCUAUUUCUUCGCGCAGCUACCUAGUUCUGCUUGUGCUGUUUGUGGUUCGGAAAGACGCUCAGAGAUGUUCUUCUACCUGUCAGCAAUCCGACGCCAAACCGAGCUGGGAAAAUUUGAAGCAGACGGGGAAACAUGGCAUUGAUACUGGUCAGUACUCGCGUGGUGGUUGUUCGUUGUUGCAGCAAUGUCGACAACCUCAACUGGUAAAAGAGAAAUGAGAAGAGUUUUCUCGAGCGACCGCACGCAAGACGACGAGACAAACACUAACACAUGCGAGACUAAUAAAUG